AUGACGGAGCAAAGGAUACUGCUGAAAAAGUAUCGAUUACCAAGAGAUCAUGAAGAUGCUUUUAAGUUGGGUCUUCUGGAAAGAGAAACUGAUGAUGUGCUUCAGUGAUUGAAUGAUAGAUGCAUUGAUCAGAAAGAAAUUUAUGAUGAGGACGUUUGUCCCAUUUGUCAGGAGUUACUAAAGAAAAUGCUUCCCAUCGCUUACUGCCGAUACAGCUGUGGUAACAACGUUCACAUAAAAUGUAUGAAAAUUUGGGCUGACCACCAAGAUGAACUUGAGAAUGACUCUGUAGUGAAGUGUCUACUUUGCAGACAAAAAUUUGCACCUGUAAGGCUCAUUCUAGAAGAAUUUAGAAACUUUAAACAACUUGUGACUGCAACAGAGAAAGCAAGACUGGAUAGGCACCCUAGAAUCCCUUGUAAUAACUGCAGAGUAUUUCCAACUGUAGGAAAGUGCUACAAGUGUACUGAGUGUGUUGAGUAUCACCUAUGUCAUGACUGUUUCACUGGCUUUUGCCAUUCUCCACGUUUUUGUUUUCAGACAGAAAUUAUUGCGACUCAUUGUACUCUAAAGAACAUUGUAAAAUCUUUACCCAUCAUUUUAAUUAGUAAACAUAGUAAUUUACUGGCCUCAGGUAUUCAGUGUAGACUUUGUUUAAAGAGCUUUCAACUUGGUCAGCAUGUAAGACUCCUACCAUGCAAUCACAAGUUUCAUAGGCAGUGUAUUGACAGUUGGCUACUGCAGCAAAGAAACACUCCUAUUGAUGAAUAUGUUGCGUACAAUUCUCUGACUUGGAAGGAUACGCGAGCCAAACAUGGAAACUACCCAACAGGUUCUCAUGCAAAUGUUAGCAAACUUGCAAAGCAAGUGGAACCAGAAAUUUGUGUAUCUGGAAAUGGAUUAUUUGUCAAGCAAAUAUCAUCUGAACAUGCAUCAGAAAGUUCUCAAAGUAGCUUCAAAAAAUUAACAAAGAUGUGCCAAAGUCCCAAAAGGAUUUAA